AGUGCUGACUGUAGUGAAAGCCACCAGGCUCGGGUCGACGAGAUGGAGGCUGAAGGCUCGAACAAAUACCAGAAACUAGCCACCGAAUACUCAAAGCUCCGCGCCCAAGCCAGCGUUCUGAAGCGGGCCGUUCUAGAGGAGCAAAACAAAAGCGCAUCCAUGCGCGAAUCUCUACGCCUGAAAGAGGCCACCCUGCGGAAGUCGGAACAGGAAGUGGACAGCUUGGGUUUCCGGAACAAACAGCUCGAGCGGCGAGUGGCGGCCUUGCAGGAGAACCUGGAGCAUGAGUUAAAGAAGGGUACGAGUGGUAAGGCGGUAAAAACAAAAGCUUCCAACAGCGACAACGACACGGGGAUAUCGAACGCCGAUGAGAGUGUGAUCGCGGAGGAACUGCAGAAGAAAAUUCUCGAAAACGCACAGCUGACAAACACCGUCGAAGAUCGGAGUGCGGAAGUGAAGCAGCUGCAGAACCGCAUCGAAAGUCUUAACCGGGAGCUGCAGCAACAGGCAGUCGUUGAGCAGAAGUUACGCAAAGAGCUCGAGCUGCUGACCGUCCGUAAUUCGGAACUGGAAUCGAAGGUGUCGGAAGCGGCGAGUACGAUCGGAAGUGAAGAUGGCCUGAGCGUGACGACGGACGUGGAAAAUCACUACAACCACUUCACGGGCAGCUCGAACAGUGCGUCCCAAGCGCAGAAUAAUGGGUCGCACAACGCCAAUACGACGGCUGGUGGCACGCUGGACGAUCGGGUGGUGUAUCUCGAGAAGGAACUCACGCACUGGCGGGCCCAGUACGAGCUGCUGAAGAUAGAAACCUCUAGUCAAAUGCGAAAGGCAUCGAAGGGCGAACAAAAGGACGACAUUUUUAGUCAAGGAUCGGACGGUAUCAACAGGACACUGGAGGACAAUCAGCAGCAGAAUGAGGCGCAAACGAGGGAGCAGAAGCUAAUCGCGUGUUUUACGAAAAGCAUCGAAGAUUUGUUCCUUGAUAAGUGUCGCGCAGAAUCGAAAUUAGCUUCGCAUUUCAUUGAAAGUCAAAGACUGCAGACCCAUUUGGAUAUUUUUAAAAAUCGUCUUAAGGACCGUGAAGAAGCCAACCGCGAGGAGGAGCGCCGUAUGCGCAUCAUCGAAGAUGAACUGUCCCGAACGAGGCUCAAUUAUGAGGAGCAGAUCAGCGUUCUGACGGAGCAAGUGAUAAGCUUAAGUGAUCAGUUAGCCAAGGCCAAAUAAGCCGGCGGGAGGUGGCGUUCCGUUCUUUUUCGUGUUACGGCCACACACCCGAAGCAUUGUAUCCAGUUCGGGGCGUAUGCCACUCUCAGCGAUGUGAAUAUCAUGCAAAAAAAAAAUCCUUCCGGUGCUAGAAGGGAAUGCGCAUAUGGACGUGUGAGCGCAAUAUGCGAUGGGAUGAAAAGUGCAACCGUGUCGAAACGUUUACUGAAUGUGUAAUAAAUUCUUACAA